AAGUCCUGAUCCUGUCUGCUCCCCUUCUCUCCCCCUCCUCUCUCCCCCUCCCGGCCUUUCCCCAACAGAGCCAUGUCUACAACCCCCCCUGCCACCCGCCCGGGUACCAUUGACCCGGAGCAGCAUGAGUUCCGCCCGCCGCGCAAGUACAUCCGCGUCAAGGAGGAUGUGACUGCCUUCGAGCGGAGCCCCGCCCACCGGGACAUCACCCAGUACGUGGCUCGCCUGGCGGACGCUGUUCGAGGCGUUCCCUGUAGCGAUGUGGGCCCCAUGCGUCCGAUCAUCCGCCAACUUGUCGGGCUUCUGAAGGCCCUGCAGCAGCUGGUCUUCGAUACGCCGACCAUCGACGCCGAGGGGUCGCGCUUUGGUAAUGAGGCCUUCCGGACAUGGCACUCCCUCAUGGAGAAGAAAAUCGCCGAGAUUACCCCGGAAUUCACCCCUCGCCCCGCCCUCAAGGAGGUGAACAGCUACCUGGCUCACAGCUUCGGUCACCGUGACCGCCUGGACUAUGGCACUGGGCAUGAGCUUAAUUUCCUCCUCUGGCUUCUCUGCCUGGACAAGAUCGGUGUCCUUGGCCCGGAGGAUGACCGCGCCGUGGUCUUCCGCGUGUUUUACUCGUACAUCCUUCUGAUGCGCCAGCUGCAGUCCACCUAUUGGCUCGAGCCCGCCGGCUCGCACGGGAUCUGGGGUCUGGAUGACUAUCAGUUUUUGCCCUUUGUCUUUGGCGCGGCUCAGCUUGAUGGUCACCCGUCCUUCCGGCCAAUCUGCAUCAUUGACAAUGAUUUGGUUCGCGACAACCACCGCGAGUACCUCUACCUGGAUGCCAUCCAUUACAUCAAUAGCAUCAAGACCGAGUCCCUUCAAUGGCACUCGCCCAUGUUGAAUGACAUUGCCGGGGUGCCGUACUGGUCGAAGGUGGCCUCCGGCAUGGUGAAGAUGUACAAGGCCGAGGUGCUUGGCAAGUUGCCGGUUGUGCAGCACUUCCUCUUCGGCACGCUCUUGCAAUUCCCCAACGCCCAGCAGGUGGAUGAGCAGCGCGCGCGCGAGGUGGCCGAGGCCCGGGCCACGCUGGCCGAGAAUGCCGAGCGCUUCGGCCUCCCCGAUGGCCAGGUGAUGGCGCAGAUCCUUGGGCCCGAUGGCCAGGUCCGUCAAGUCCCCCUCCGGACCCCGGAGGAAACCGAGACCGGCCCGGACCACUACCACGACCCGGACAACAUCUGUUGCUAUCACCGUGUCCCAUCGGUGCACGCGGCGGCCGCCGCCUCCGGGGGAAAUGACCUCAGCAUCAGUGACAUUAUCAUUCCCUUUGAUUGAUGCCCCCCCCCCCCCCUCCCCCCU